GCAUCACUCCAAUCUCCAUAAUGGCGCCUGCACUUCUCACUGCAGUCGAUGCGACAUCGCACAUCCAUCUUAUAGUCGGAUCCAACCCACUUGCCGGCGCGCGAUGCACACGCUCAAUAGAAGUUGGUGCGAAACCAAUAUUGCUUGCGCCCGAAGACGCCACCCUUCACUACGGCCUUGCGAAACGUAUUGAGGCUGGCGAAGUACAAUGGUUAAAGCGGAGUUUCCAAGAUGAGGAUUUGACUACCCUUGGACGUCCUGAGGUGGAUGGUGUAGUAGACGCUGUAUUUGUUACCUCUGGCGGAAAGAAUGGAUCGGCCACCCAGAUCUCGAAUCUCUGCCGAAGACUGCGCAUACCAGUCAACGUCGCUGAUGCCCCGAACCUAUGCUCCUUCACACUCCUCUCCACACAUACCGACGGCCCUCUUCAGAUUGGUAUCACUACUUCUGGAAAAGGUUGCAAACUCUCUGCAAGAAUCCGGAGAGAGAUUGCCGCAUCUCUCCCACCACGUCUAGGUGAUGCGGUCGAGAGAUUGGGUGCACUGCGAAGACGCAUAUGGGAAGAAGAUCAUGCAGCCGAACUCUCACAAGAUCUGGAGGCCGAGGAGGAGGAUAGUGGGCAACCAGCGACUUUCAACAAGUUGAUUCUGGAAGAGAGUAAGGAAGCAGCACGGGGCCGACGGAUGCGUUGGCUCACGCAGAUAUGCGAGUACUGGCCACUGCGUCGCCUUGCAAGCAUCACGGAUGCAGAUGUAAAUAUGCUCUUCCGCGAAUUCGCCAGCAGCAGCCCCUCCAAAGUCGGUCCCACAGCCACUGCACCACAACGAGUAGGCCGCAUCAUUCUCGCAGGCUCUGGUCCCGGAAACCCAGAUCUCCUUACUCGCGCCGCACACAAAGCCAUCCUCUCUGCUGAUCUCAUCCUUGCCGACAAACUCGUCCCCGCACCCAUCCUCGAUCUCGUACCCCGCCGCGCAACCGUGCACAUUGCACGAAAGUUCCCCGGUAAUGCAGACAAAGCACAAGAAGAACUCCUAGAAAUGGGAUUGGAGGGGCUGAAAGCUGGCAAAGUGGUCGUACGGAUAAAGCAAGGUGAUCCAUACAUCUACGGUCGGGGAGGAGAAGAAUACGACUUCUUCCGCGCACACGGUUUCAUCCCCAGCGUACUCCCAGGCAUCACAAGUGCACUCAGCGCACCCCUUUUCGCCGCCAUACCCGCCACGCACCGCGGCAUCGCAGACCAAGUACUCAUCUGCACAGGCACGGGCAGGAAAGGUGCUCCGCUCGAUCCCCCGGAAUUCGUUGCUUCCCGCACACUCGUGCUGCUCAUGUCGCUCCACCGCCUAUCUGCUCUCGUCGAUAGCCUAGUUACAAAAGCAUAUCCUGCAGAUCUCCCUGUCGCUGUGCUCGAACGCGCUUCGUGUCCCGAUCAGAGGGUCAUACGCACGACGCUCGAACAUGUUUGUGCGGCUGUUGAGGAGGAGGGAAGUAGACCCCCUGGACUCCUUGUCGUGGGUAACGCUUGUAAAGUGCUUAUGAAGUAUGAGCAGCGAUGGGUAGUCGAAGAGGGCUUCCACGGGCUUGAUAAUUUGGGAGGUGAUGGCGAGUUGGAGAUUAGUAGGCUUACAGGGGUCGAUGCUGGUGCUGCUCCUGUUGCUGUAGCGUAGACUUGAUGAGAAGAAAUAAAGCAUGCAAUGCAAAUAUCCCCUG